AUGAUUAAUAAUCCACUAAAAAAAGCACUUAUUCAAUUCUUCUGUCCUUUAGGAUUAAGUGGCUCUAUCUACAGUUUCUCUAAUUCCAACAGAUUUAGAUACCAAUCAUCAAGAUCUUAAUUCUAAGGAUCAUACCAUUCCAGGUCAAAUAUAUCCUUUGGAGAAUUUGCUCGACAUUGUGAUUAACUAAGGUAAGAGUAGCAAAGCGAGAUAGUUAAAUCAUUAAAACUCAUACCUAUAGCAUCUGCAGAAGAGGUUAUGAAUUUUAUAAAAGCAAACAAGAUUCACGGGAAAGUUUUUAAUAUUGCCUAAAAUUUCAACUUUCUCCCCGAAAGUCUUUAGGAAACUUUAAAAGCAAGAAACAUAACAUCUCCAUCUUCAAUUCAAUAAGCAAUAAUGCCAUUGAUAUUUGAUGGUCAUGAUGUAAUUGCAAUUGCCGAAACAGGAUCAGGCAAAACACUUGCCUAUGCUUUACCUGGAAUCAUGCACUUGCAAGCUUAACCUCCUGUUGCUGGCCCAAGAAUAUUGGUUAUGGCCCCAACUCGAGAAUUGGCUUAGUAAAUUUAGACUUAGUAUGAUCUAUUUGCAAAAACCUGUUGUUUAUAUGGAGGAAUUCCUAAGCCUCAUUAAUAUGUUAGUUUAUCGGAAACUCCUCAAGUUAUCAUUGCUACUCCAGGGCGACUAUUAGAUUUCAUCAAAGGUGGAUUAACAUUGAAAUCGAUCACUUAAGUAGUUUUGGAUGAGGCAGAUAGAAUGCUUGACAUGGGUUUCGAAGAUUAAAUUCGAGAUGUUUUGAAAGAAGUCAGAAAGGAUAGAUAAACAUUAUUCUUCAGUGCAACCUGGCCCUAAGAAGUCUAGAGAUUGGCAAAUAGUCUGUGUAGUCAAGAUCCAAUUUUCUUACAAUUAGGAGAAAGGGGCCUAUCUGUUAAUAAGAAUAUCACUUAAAGUGUGAUAAUUGCUGGAGGAAAUAAGUUCGAAUAAUUAAUAGAAUACUUCAAUCAAAUCAAGGAUAAAAAGGUUUUGGUGUUUUGUUAAAAGAAAAUAGACACAUAAAAGCUUGAGUAUAGAUUAUCAUAGCAUGGAGUAAAUGCUAGAUAUUUGCAUGGAGAUUUAAAAUAAAAUCAAAGAGAUUAUAUCAUGUAAGAUUUUAGAAAUGGAAAGGUUAAUUGUUUGAUUACUACUAAUUUAGCCUCAAGAGGAUUAGAUGUCUCAGAUGUGGAUGUUGUGAUUAAUUAUGAUUUUCCUGAAAAUAUCGAAGAUUAUAUUCAUCGUAUAGGCAGAACUGGUAGGGCUGGCAAAAAGGGAGAGGCUUUAAGCUUUAUUUAGCCCAGAGAUUUGGAUUAUAGGCUCAAAGACGAUCUCAUCAAGGUUUUUAAAUAGUCAUCUUAAGAGAUUCCGUUACAAUUAUUGAAACUAAAGGUGUAUUGA